ACUGGCUGACCAUCUCAGCCUGCUGAGCCUCCAGGUGCCAGUACCUGGCCUUGCACUCCUGCAGGUCUUUCCUCUGCUUGGAAAGCCUAUGCUCCUAGUCCUCAGUGAGGUGCUUCUACUGAGCCUCCUUCUCGGUCAGAUCCAAUUUGAACUGAGCUGUUUUGCCAACACUUUCUCUUAAACUAAGUUGUUGCUAAACUCCAACAACUUCCUGUUGGGGCCCUAAGGUGGGGAGGUGAAUUGGCCACGCCCACCCAGUCACAUGACCACCUAGCCACGCCCGCCCAGCCGGUCAUUAAGCAGAUCAUAUUAGUGGUCUGAGGGAUUUAAAAUUAUGAAUUUAGUGGUCCCUGAGGUCCGAAAGGUUGGUGACCCCUGAUCUACAGCACAAAAGCGUGGGAAGGAUGCCCUCUAGUGGCUACUUUGGACAUAGCAGCCUGAAAGAGGCUAAUAAGUCAAUGUGUAGCAGAGAAUGCAAAUGGUGCCCUCCGGUGGUUAUUUUGGGCGUAAAGGCCUGAAAGAGGCUACUAAGACCAUCUAUAUCUGGGGUCUCCAACCUUGGCAACUUUAAGCCUGGCGGACUUUAGCCUUGCUGGCUGGGGAAUUCUGGGAGUUGAAGCCCACCAGGCUUAAAGCUGCCAAGGUUGGAGACCCCUGAUCUAUAGCACAGAGCAUGGAAAUGGUGCCCUCUGGUGGCUAUUUUAGGCAUAGCAGCCUGAAAGGGAUCACUAAAACCAUCAAUAGUUCAGAUCAUGCAAAGGGUGCCCUCUGGUGGCUAUUUUAGGCAUAGUACACUGAAAGGGACUACUAAGAUCAUCUACAGCACAGGGUAUGCAAAGGGUGCUUCUCCAGGGGCUAUUUUGGGCAUAGGUCAAAAGGGACUACAAAGACCAUCUACAGCCCAGGGCAUGCAAGGAGUGCCCUCCGAUGGCCAUUUUAUACCAUAACAGACUGAAAGGGACUAGAAUGACCAUCUGUACCACAGGACAUGGAAAGAUUGCCCUUAUUCAGCUAUUUUAUACAUAUCAGCCUGAAAGGGACUACAAAGACAUGCAAGAGGGUGCCCUCUGGUGGUUCCUUGGGGCAUAGAGGGCUGAAAGGGAAUGCUAAGACCAUCAGUGGCAGAGGGCGAAAAGAGCGCCCUCUGAUGGUUAGAGGUGUUUUGGCCCCAUAUUAUGUAUAGCACAAGCUCAUAAAAAGAGUGCCCUCUGCUGGCCAUUUUGGGCCAUCCCCUCCCUAAGGAACAAACCAAAGUUUAGUCAAACCAGCCAGAUGAUGGACUAUUCUAGUCCAUAUAUAUAUUAAGCCAUCCCUUUAACACCCACUAGGCAAAGCAAUAAUUGUUUUUAUUUCAGUAAAAUAAGAUUGCGAUCAUCAUAGAAUGCCAGUCUAAGAUGGCCAGAAAUCAGAAUAUGUUGUGUCGCAACAGUUUCUUAAAAGGCAUAAACCUUGAUGAACUAUAACUCAGCCCUGUAGAUUUAUGGUCCGCUUACCUUGCCGACAUUUCUACCACAAAAAUAUCAUAUAAAGCUCUGGAUGCCAUAUGUAUAACCACCACUAGAGGGCCUAUUUUUUUUAAAAAAAAUUCUUCCGGGAAUUCCAACACAGGUAGUUCUCGACCUACGACCAUUGAGCCCAAAUUUCUGUUGCUAAAUGAGACAACUGUUAAAUGGGCUUUGCCCCAUUUUACAAUCUUCCUUGCCGCAGCUGUUAAGUGAACCAAUGCGGUUGUUGGUAACCCGGUUAUUAAAUGAGAAUCUGGCUUGCAAAAGGUGAUCAAUCGCCCCAGGAUAUUGCAACCGUCAUAAAUAUGAAUUGCCAAGCGUUCAAAUUUUGAUCAGGUCGCCAAGGAGAAGUGUGAAAAAGUCACAAGUCACUUUUUUCAGUGCUGUUGUAACCAGUCGCUACACAAACUGUUGUAAAUCAAGGAUUGCCUGUAGUCCUUGUUUUAAUCACUGGAAUAGCAAAGUCUGCCAUCCUGUGGACAUAACUGGUUAUUACACAUUACCAAGGCCAGUGCUUAUUAUGGAAACUACCUGUUUGGUAUUUUCCAUAAAGGGGGGGGGGGGAUACCAGUUUUGGGAGAAAGCAGCUUUUUUUUUUCUUUCAAAGGGUCCUUUUACUGUUUUUCUUGCUCUGUGUUGCAUUUAGCAAUAGCCCUUAGACUUAUAUACCGCUUUACAGUGCUUUACAGCCCCUUCUAAGCGAUUUACAGUGUCAGCCUCUUACCCCCCAACAAUCUGGGUCCUCAUUUUACCGACCUCGGAUGGACGAGUCCACCUUGAGCCUGGUGAGAUUCGAACUGCUAAAUUGCAGUUCUGGAAAGGGGAGUUUUGAAAAAGCCAUAUAAACCGAUAGUAUCAAUUAAAAUUUAUCCAAGGGAUCUUUUUAGUGGCAUCCGAGAUGGAUGGAGAAGACAAACUUUCACCAAGCUUUUGACGAAGAUCCGUGAAGAUGCUUCUGGCUGCGAGGAAGUUUUUUUUUUUUUUUUCCCCCUCCUUUUUCCUCUGGUCCAAAAUUGUACGGAGCCAGAUUCACUGAUUUUUGAGAGGUGACCAAAUUAAACAGCCAGAUGUGAGAACGGAAAAAAGAAAAAAAAUGGCCAGAAUUAAGAACCGUUCCUUGUGUUGCUUAUGUAAUAUUUAUUGUGGCUUUGUGUCAAGGCAUGUAAAUACUGCAGAUGGUGUUUUUUUUAAAAAAAAAAAAAAUAGCAAAAAGGAAACUACAGAAAAAGAACUGAGAAAGGCAUUAAUACUGUGUAUUCGAGGUUUACAGUACUCACUUUCUCCGGGGCAAAUUCAGUUCUGGUAUAAUGCCAAAAAAAACCCACUAUUCAUUAUACAAGAUUCUAGUCCCUAUUGUUUCAGCAGUAAGGCCUGCCACGAAUUUAACACACCACCUCCCAAUUGUUUCAGUUGUCUAAAAAUAUCCAAGAGUGCAAGAUAGAUAUUUGCUAAGCGUUUUUACUUCUUGUUACAUCCCACUUGUUGUCUUUGGCAUUUCCUUGGGAGAAAAACCCGUUAAAACUCGAUGGCAUAAGAACUUCAUAAAGCUUUUCCUAUUUUUCAAGCUGUCGAUUUUCACCUCCAUACCUCGAAAUCUGGAAAGCGGCUGUGGACUUUUUUUUUAAAAAAAGUGCCCACUGGGGGGAAGGAUUGCGAGACCCUCUAAAUGAGGAGUUUCCAACCUUGGCAACUUGAAGACAGGUGAGUCUGGGAGUUGAAGUACAUAAGUUCACCUCCCAAAGCGCCAGGCGCCGAUUCGAGUUCUCCCUCUUUGACUUUCCCCAACAGCCCUGCGAGGUAGGCUAAAGCUCUACAGAGAAAUUUGGCUCCUAAGCGGAGCUUCCUACGGAAAAGCUGCGGAUGAGCUCUUUCGCCGUAAAGCUCUUUGUGAAAUAAAAUUCCCCCAAAGGAGACCAAUGCAGUCACACACACACACAAAAUGAAAUUAAAACACUGCAAACGGGGCCCACCAACAUGGAGGCCGAAAGAUCCCCACAGGGGGGCAUCAGCCCGGCGAAUGCAAAAAAUUCCUCUCUUGCAGAUCAGAUCCUCAAAGCUCAUGGGUGGAUCUCUGGCUGUGGAACAGAUCCCAUCGAUAAAAAGAUUCAAGGCGUGUGCAUAUGUGCUCAGAAUCCACUGAUUGGGAGUCCAUCAUUUUCCUCCUCCUUGUGUGCACACAGGGAUCUAGGGCCGCCCUCAUCCAGAUGCUGAAACAGCUGGCUUAGCUCUCCUUUUCCUUUCCAGCUGUUUUCCCUCUUUCCUUCUCCAUUCCCUUCUUCCACAAGCAGAGAUUUCCUGGCGGAGCCUGUCAAGAGACUCAAACCUUGGCGUUGGCAUCUUUUUUUCUUUUCCCAUCGUCCCAGAAAAAUUCUCAGCACUCCAGGAAAUUUUGCCAUCUCAGCCUAACUUUUCAGAACUUCAAUCUUGCCUCUUUGCAAAGUGGGGUUGAAUUUCCUCCGGGGUUAAUUCUUCUUUCGCGUUCGGUUUUAAUUAAAUGCAGCCAUGGAGCAGUUCAAAAGUCUUUCUGCGAGCGUUUCUCCUUUUUCAUUGCCUGCUGGCAGGCAGAAGAAACAUCAAUAUUAUCCAAGCUCUGGAAAUUCCACCGGCAUUUUCCUGCUUUUAAUUCUUCUGGUGGUUUUGGAAGAUUCGUUUGCAAGAGAAGCCCAGAUGAGCCAGGGAGACACGGUCCUACCUGGUGCAACCCUUGGAGUUAACUUGGGCCUUCGAAAAGUGCCCUUCCCACCUCCGCCGCCUCAUCUCCGGAAAAAACGUUACACGCUGACGCCUGGACGUCUCAAAUGGGAUCAUUUCAACUUAACAUACAAAAUUCUGUCGUUCCCCAAAAACCUGAUUAGCAAAAGCCAGACCAGGAAAGGACUGACCGCAGCUUUCCGUAUGUGGAGCGAUGUCUCCCCGUUCACCUUCCGCGAAGUGUCAGGGAGUACCUCCAGCGACCUGACAAUUGGUUUCUACCCCAUCAACCACACGGAUUGCGUGGAAUCGCAGAUCCACCACUGUUUUGAUGGGAUCACGGGUGAGUUAGCCCACGCCUUUUUCCCGCAGACGGGAGAGAUCCAUUUUGACGACCAUGAGUACUGGAUUGUCGGGGACACUCGGUUCAGCUGGAAAAAGGGAGUCUGGCUGACGGACCUGGUUCACGUGGCCGCCCACGAAAUUGGCCACGCGUUAGGUCUUAUGCACUCUCUGGAUCCCAACGCCUUGAUGCAUGUGAACGCAACCCUGACGGGGAAGAACACGAUCUCGCAGGACGAGAUGUGGGGAAUGUACCGGCUUUACGGCUGCAAAGACCGACUGUUUAUAUGCCCGUCGUGGAGUCGGAAAGGGUACUGUCGAACGCGCCAACGGUUUAUGAAAAAACACUGUCCCUACAGCUGUGACUUUUGCUUGGCGUUCCCUUUUCCGACGGUGAUACCGACCCCGCCACCGCCAAGGAUGAAGACCAGGCUCGUCCCCGAAGGCCGGAACGUUACUUUCCGAUGUGGCCAGAAAAUCAUUCACAAAAAGGGGAAAGUUUAUUGGUAUAAGGAGAAAGAAUUGCUAGAAUAUUCCUAUCCUGGCUACCUGUUUCUGAAUGGCGACCACAUGAGCAUCAUAGCCAACGCCAUCAACGAAGGAACGUAUACUUGCAUCGUGAAGAAAAAGUCCAAAGUUUUGACCACAUAUUCUUGGAGAGUCAGGCUGAAGCAUUAAUGUGUGACUUCUGUGCAAGGACUUACAGACCCACCCCCAAGUCACUCUCUGUGGGUCCCCUCCCCUUCCUCCCCUCUGUUCUCCUAUUGCACUUUCAACAGCCGAUCCACACUCACAAAAACCAGCUUUCCCAGGUUACCCAUUCCAGAAGGAGACUGCAAAAAUACUGGUUUCUUCCACGUGUUUUAUAUUCUUGGCCAAGCCUGCUGGGGAUGAUAGGAAGUGUAGUCGAAGUCAUAAAGGAGUCCAAAGGGACGACAACAUGAGCUAAAAGAGAUGCUUAUUUUUUUAAAAGUUGCUAACCAUUUUACACUUAUAUUUUCACCUACUUUCUGCUAUAAUCUGGACCUUGGUGCUGUCACCAAGAUUGGUUUAUUAAAUUAAAUUAAAGGAAAUCUUUUCCUCUUUCCCAGAGCUGUUCAAGAUGUCUUUUCGACGUUUCGACGAAGUCUCAUUCGUCAUCUUCAGGCUGAAAGGAAGAGACAGCUGCGAUCUCACAUUGCUCCUAGAAGCACGAAGCCGAAAACACCAGCCUGAAGAUGACGAAUGAGACUUCAUCGAAAUGUCACCAAGACACUUCCAAUUUUACGCGGGAGAAAACCCGAAUAACCAAAGACCUACAUACAAAUACCCGCGAAAACCUCAGAAAAUAUAUAUAUGAGCUUGGUGGUGCAGCAGACUAAAGUGCUGUUAAGUAGGACUUAGCUGCCAGCUGCCUGCAAUUACUGCGAGUUCAAAUCUCACCAGGCUCAAGGUUGUCUCAGCCUUCCAUCCUUCCGAGGUAGGUAAAAUUGAGGACCCGGAUUGUGGGGGCAAUAAGCUGACUUUGUAUAAAAAAAAGAACACCACUUUGGGGGGGGGGCGAAAGCCCUACUAAGCAGGUAUAUACAAAAGGACGAAGGCUAUUGCUUAACGCAUUGUAAGCCGCCCUGAGUCUCCGGAGAAAGGGCGGCAUAUAAAUCGAACCAAUAAAUACAAUAAAUAAAUAAAUAUAUAACAUCCCUCCUCCAAUUUCCCCACCUAAAUAAACCUCUUGUAGUAUAGUUUUCGGGAUUUUUUUUUUCACAACAGAGGUGCAACUCACAUUUUAUAGCCAAGGCCUUCAUCGUUCUACAAUUUAGUAAAAGAUCCCAGCAUAGAAUGAAAUUCCUGUGCCGAGUUAUUUCCGCAAAGCAGACCUUACGCGAAACAAGUCUGCAAGUUUCACGCACUACUUAAAAGAUUAGAGAUCAUGUACUCCUCCAAUUUACAAGCUGUUUUCUACCAUGUUUAGGGAGCAAGGGGGAAAAAAAAGGAUCAAAAGAAGAAUUCCUUCGUCAAACCUUUGCAUCUGUUACGCAUUUUUUUUUUUAAACGGCCUUUGAAAGAAUUUGCCAACUCAGGUAUAGUUUCUGGAAAAGGUACAGGACCUCUUGAUCCUUAAGGAAUUUCCCCAGAAAUGUACCCUUUUCGUCCUUCUGCUCAAAUAAAGCAUUUCCAUACGGAUA